GGGACCUCCAUAUUGCUUACUUAUUGGCAAUGCCAAGGAGAUGGUGAGUUUUAUGGUGAAAGCUUCCUCACAACCUAUGCCUUUCUCUCACCAUAUUCUCCCAAGAGUCCUCUCUUUCUACCAUCAUUGGAAGAAAAUCUAUGGUAUAUUCCAUACCCAUAUGCCCAAUUCUCUUCUUUCUAUAUCAUCUUCUAAGUUAUCGUCAUCUAGCUAAAAGGCGGAUCAGAUAGCAUCACCUUAAAAUGCUUGACGACCCUGCAAAUAUAAGUUGAAGUUUGUAUCCUUUGUUGAAUCUGAAUCAUUUUCUUUUUCUUCGUAAUUAUGUUCAUUAAGACCGUGGAAUUUGAUCUCCGUGAUCUAAACAUAGGUUCUUGGUGAUUACACAUGAUUUAAGAGUCUUGAAGCAUGUUGAGGGUCCCACUUUUCUUAUAUGGUUUGGACCUAUGGUUCGUCUCACUGUCGCUGAUCCUGACCUCAUUCGAGAAGUCUUUUGUUCGAAAUCAGAAUUAUAUGAGAAAAAUGAAGCUCAUCCUCUUAUCAAACAACUAGAAGGAGAUGGACUCCUUAGCCUCAAAGGUGAAAAAUGGGCUCUUCAUAGAAAGAUCAUCACUCCUACGUUUCACAUGGAUAAUCUCAAAUUAUUGGUACCCGUAGCAACGUGUAGCGUGGUGAAAAUGCUAGAUAAAUGGUUAGACAUGUCGGAUUCUGGGGAAGUGGAAAUCGAGGUGUCUGAAUGCUAUCAAAACCUAACGAAGGAGACAAUGACUAGGAUUGCGUUUGGCAACAUUAACUACGAAUAUGGAAAACAUAUUUUUCAAUUACAAACUCGACAAAUGGUCUUAACUUCUGAAGCAUUUCAAAAAAUUUCCAUCCCAGGUUAUAGGUUUUUUCCCACAAAAAGAAAUAGAGAAUGUUGGAAAUUACAGAAGGAAAUCAAGAAAAGGUUAAUGAGGGUCAUUGAGAGGAGGAGAGAAAAGUGGGAGGACGAUGAAUUGGAAAAUGGGCCGAAGGAUUUGCUUGGGGUUAUGAUCGAAGCGAGUAGGAAAGAAUCUUUGAAUUUCUUGCCGGCGAUCACCGCAAGUGACAUCGCGGAGGAGUGCAAGAGCUUCUUCUUCGCCGGAGAACAAACCACAUCCAACCUGCUGACGUGGACCACCGUAUUGCUAGCAAUGCACCCACAGUGGCAGGUGAUAGCACGUGAUGAGGUGUUAAGUGUGUGUGGACCACGUGACAUUCCCACUAAAGAUUGUGUUUCCAAGUUUAAAAUGUUGACCAUGAUACUCAACGAGUCCUUGAGAUUAUACCCUCCAAUAGUGGCAUCGAUCAGACGAGCAAAAGCUGAUGUUGAAUUAGGAGGGUACAAGAUCCCACGUGGCACUGAACUUCUCAUUCCAAUCUUGGCAAUUCAUCAUGAUCAAACCAUAUGGGGUGAUGAUGUUAAUGAAUUUAAUCCAAGUCGAUUCUCAGAUGGAAUAGCUCGAGCAGCUAAACAUCCUGUAGCCUUCAUUCCUUUCGGUUUAGGAGUUCGCACAUGCAUUGGACAAAAUCUUGCAAUUUUACAAGCAAAAUUGACUAUUUCAAUCAUAUUACAAAGAUUCUCUUUCAAGUUGUCUCCAAAGUAUCAACAUGCACCAACUGUUCUUAUGCUACUUCAUCCGCAAUAUGGUGCACCAAUUGUCUUCAAACACUUAAGGACAGAUCGUAGAUCAAAAGGAAAUCAAGGGUCAUAAUUAAAUUCCCCUAGGAGUACUACCCUAUAUGUGCGAAUGAACCUAGGCCUCUUAUUAGAACACAAAAACCAUCACCAAAUAGCAAAGGGAAAUAACAGGGAAAGACCAUAUGAGAUCAUAAAUACUUAAAGAUUAAGGGAGUAGGUAUCAUACAUAUUAUGUUAAGUUUCAUUUCUACCCCACUAGCUAGUUCAUUAAAAUGUUUAUAAUAUCCCAUCAAGUAAAAAUGCCAUCUAAUUGCCCCAUGUUUAGAUUUUGGGCAUGCAACUAGCUAAUUAGAAACCUUUUGCUCUUAAGAUAUGUAUUUGAUGUAAAUCUUGCUCAAAUGGAACACCAAUUAUGUAAAUACAAGGUAUAAUUUUUUGGUUCCUCUUU